UCUAUCCUGGCGACUCGCAGGCUUUUGCAGGCCGAGCGUCCUUUGCCCAUGCGGUUCUUGAUGCCGCCAUUGCGUACAAACACUUCCUUGGCGACGGAUAUGGCUCCCCGUCUAGACGUCGUGCGCCCCGCGCGCGAGUAUAAUAAGCACAACCACCGAGACGAGUUUCCCCGUGGACUAACGCGUCCUCAUCUCCAGGAUGAUGUUCUCCACUCGCCUGGUCGCCUUCCUCGUCCUCGCUGUCUGCGCCGUUGCCUUCCCCUCCCCUGCAGGUCAUGUCGUCCACGAGGCACGCGACCGCGUCCCGCGGGGAUGGGCCCCAGUGCGACGGGCGGAGCCAGACAUGGUCCUGCCCUUCCGCGUUGGUCUUGUGCAGCCCAAUCUGGAGAACAUCGAGGAGUACAUCAUGGACGUGUCCCACCCGGAGUCGCCGAAUUACGGUAAGCACUGGACCCCAGCGAAGGUUGCGGCGACGUUCCGCCCGACGAAGGAGUCCGUGGACACCGUGCGUGGCUGGCUCAUUGAGAGCGGGAUCGCGGCCGAGCGCGUCAAGUCAGGCACGGGUGGGAGCUGGAUGAAAGUGAAUGUGACGGUCGAUGAGGCGGAACGUCUGCUGGGCACGGAGUACUACGUCUACCAGUUCGGUGAGGACGAGAGCCACACGCACGUCGCGUGCCACGAGAAGUACCACCUUCCGGAACACGUCUCGAAGCACGUCGAGAUCGUGUCGCCGACUCUCCAUUUCGACGCGAAGCCUCGUGGUCCGGCUGGACAGUGGCAGAAGGUUGGUAGCAGGGACGACGCGACCUCGAACUCGACCUAUGCGGCACAUGCGAUUGGCCAGCCCGGCUUCGGCACGAGCUUCCCGAAGACCAAGGGUACCAUCGAGGGCAUCAUCAACGAGUUGGAGAACUGCGAUGAACAGAUCGUCCCUGACUGUCUUCGGGCCCUAUACUCCUUUGAGUACUAUCCUCUCGUCCCGGACAAGAACUCGCUGGCUAUUGUCGAGUACACUCCUCAGGCAUAUGUCGCAAGCGAUCUGGACAUGUUCUUCGGCAACUUCUCUCCAAGCCAGGUUGGCCAGCGUCCCGUUCUCUACAGUAUCGACGGUGGCUACAUUCAGACCGACUACGGAGGUUUCGACUACAACGGCGAGUCAAACCUUGACCUGCAGUACGCCAUGUCCCUCGUCGGGUCGCGCCAGCCCGUGCAGCUCUACCAGGCGGGCGACCUCUAUGAGGGCGCGUCUUUCGGUAAUCUGCUCGACGCGCUUGACGCAUCGUACUGCACGUUCGAGGGUGGUGACAGCUCUGAAUUCGACGCGACGUAUCCGGAUCCGUACGGAGGCUACGAGGGUGCCGAAGACUGUGGAACCGUCACGCCGGCGUACAUCAUGUCGACGUCGUAUGGGUACACGGAGGCGGAUCUGACGCCUGCGUAUGAGCAAAGGCAAUGCGCCGAGUAUGCGAAGCUUGGGCUGCUGGGCAUCACGGUGCUCUACUCGUCUGGAGAUUAUGGUGUCGCGGGGAAUGGUGGUGUCUGUCUGGACGCUGACGGCCAGGAGGACUACUAUGGUGACGUGUUUGCGCCGGGCUUCCCCGUUGACUGCCCGUAUGUCACCGCGGUCGGUGCGACGCAGGUCAACCCCAACGCCACGGUCCUUGAGCCCGAGAGCGCCUGCGGGCAGGUCAUCUACUCUGGUGGAGGCUUCUCAAAUGUCUUCCCCAUGCCCUCGUACCAGGCAUCUGCUGUCGAGCACUACCUGACGAACUACCCUCCUGGCUACCCUGCCGGCACUUACAACACCUCUGGGUCGCGUGCCUACCCUGAUAUUUCCGCAAAUGGUGCAAAUUACGUAGUCGCUGUGCAGGGCGAGUACUACCUUGUCUACGGCACAUCAUGUUCUUCUCCUGUCUCUGCGGCGAUCUUCUCCGCGAUCAACGACGCCCGCCUUGCUAUCGGGAAGUCGCCGAUUGGGUUCAUCAACCCUACGAUCUACACGCCUUUGUUCAGCGCGGCGUUCAACGACAUCACGACAGGCUCCAACCCUGGCUGCGGCACGGAGGGCUUCUAUGCACAGCCUGGAUGGGACCCCGCCACGGGUGUGGGAACCCCGAACUUUGUGAAGCUGCUGGCUCUCUGGCUCACUCUUCCUUGAAACUGGACACGAUUAUGAAUGGACUCACGCAACGGACUUGAUGACUGGAAACCUUGUGGACGAUCGGUAUCAUGUGGGCUUGUCGCUUGGUCUUGAAUGUACGGAACAUGGACUUGUGCGAUGGUUCUUUGGUG